AUGGCACGACCUGCAUCUAGUACAGUAAAUAGGGUAGUAUCGCCAAAUCCAAAGAAACCCAACGUUACAAAGAAUACAAAGCCAAUUUAUUCUGGUAGGUUAAACAACCGAAUGGCGACAGCAACAUUUGCGAACCAGCCAAUAGAGAAUGUCGACCAUGAGGAAAGAAGACAAAGAAACGAUGUUGAAGAAGAAGAAGCAAAUAGUGAUGUUAUAAAUCAAGAUCCUGCAAUUGCAGUUGCUGUAAUGAGACACAAUUCUAAUGAUUCAAAUGCAAUUCAUGGAAAUUAUCUUCAUGCUCCAGACAAGGGUUCUCAGCAACAUUCGUCUACUUCUUCCUUGAGCAAUAAUGUCCUAAACCAUAGCCACAGCACAGCCUCGUCUGCAACUGGUAGUGGUGGAGCAACAACAACAACAACAGCAGCAGCAGUAACAGCAACAAGUACAGUAGCAGCGCCCACAUCUUCACUGGCAGAGCAACAUAUUACACGAUCUGAUUCCGGAGGAUUUUUAUCCUCGCUAUUCACUGCAGCUGCUAAUAAAAUGAUUUCAGGGAUUCCAGAGGAGACUAAGGAGAAGAAAAGGGAACAUCUGUUUGCCAACAAAUUGGACAACUUGAUAAAAUCCGUCAGGCAUGAUGAAAGCAAGUUUAUUGGUGGAGGAGAGGCAACAGCCGAUAAUAACGGUCAAGAAUCAACUGAAAAUGUGGUUGCUGGAGAAACAAACCAACCGGGGUUGGCUCGUACUAAUUCAAACCCUGCGCUGAAUGUUCAGUUUGAACCAGUGAGGGAAUCUCCUUUGAACACUUUGGGCAAUGGGGACUUGUCGUUGGCGGAUUUCGAAAAUAGUACGCACAACCAUAUUCGAUUGCCAUCUCGUCAAACCUCAAUGCUAUCAUCAAAUGACGGGCGAAGCCAAAGCAUCAAGAGGAAACUCAGUCCCGACGCGACCAAUAGAACCGUACCACAAGGAAAUCAACCGCUACUAGUGGCAAAUGGGGUGGACACGAAAAGAGCACAUCGAAGGUCCAUCAAUGGUCUGAGCUCAGCAGUAGAUCGAAGUGGAUCCAUUGGAAGGACCUCACAAUUAUCAGCAAAUGGAUAUUCUGAAGACAACACAAGAAAUCGAAGCGAAGGUAAACUGAGGGGAACUCUUGAUGAUGGUGAGUCUCGUGACAAUUCAGAUUCGGAACCAGAUGAAAUAGAUCAUACAAUAGAUUACAGUAAGAAGAUUAAACAUGCAUCAAGAAAAGCCAAUAGAGAAUUUCAUCAUGCGUUUAAAAAAAUUCCCAAGUCUGAAAAAUUGAUUGCUGAUUUCAGUUGUGCAUUGUCUAAAGACAUCUUGGUCCAGGGGAAAAUGUAUCUAAGUGAUCACUACAUAUGUUUCAACUCCAAUAUUCUAGGCUGGGUGACCCAUAUCAUGAUUCCGUUGCAAGAAGUUAUACAGAUUGAGAAAAAAUCAACAGCAGUAUUAUUUCCCAAUGGUAUGAUUAUACGAACUUUGCACCAAAAAUACGUUUUUGCGACUAUUUUGAGUAGGGAUACAGCUUUUGACUUAAUUACCAGUAUUUGGCAUAGAGUCUUGUUGCAAAAUUCUGAUCUUGAUCCUAAUAAAUUGAGAACCACAAGGAUAAGAGCUGGCUCGAAAUCAUCAAUCAUGUCUGCGGGAAGCCUUACUGAUAGUGGAGAAUCUUCUGAUGAUGAAUUUUCAGGCGGUACAGAUGAAUAUGAUGAUAAUAUACUGCUUGCAGGAACAGAGGAGGAAGUCGAGAGCAAUGGGGGGGAUGAAGGAGACGGCGAGGAGGAAAAAGAGAAGGAGAGGGAUAAGAAGAAGGAUAAAGAUGGAAGUGAAGCUAGUGAUGGUGGAGAGAAAUGGAAGGGUUUUGCUAUAGUUGGACCUGCAACACACGCGCCUACGGAAAAUGGGUACGUUAAGGAUUCAGGAGAUACAUUCAUUGCUGAGGAUAUUAUAAAAGCACCACCGGGAGUUGUUUAUCUACUACUAUUUGGUCAUGAAACUCUGUAUUUCUCAAGAAUAUUAAAGGAGCAAAAAAAUUUUGAUAUUGAUGAAUCUGCAAUUCAUGCAUUGAGUACAGAUAGUAAAAGUCGACACUAUACUUAUACCAAGCCACUUAGCGGGCCCAUAGGACCCAAACAAACCAAAUGUGUUAUUGAUGAUAAUCUUCUUGAGUAUAAUCCUGAUAAGGUUUAUGGAGUUGAGCAAGUUACACAAACACCAGAUGUUCCCAGUGGGAAUUCUUUCAAGGUCAAGACCAAGCUAUUUUUUAGUUGGGCAGAAAAGAACCAGACCAAAUUAUAUGUUGCUACGUCGAUAGAAUGGAAUGGGAAAUCAUGGAUCAAGGGAGCCAUUGAGAAAGGUACUAUUGAUGGACAAAAGGAGAGUAUGAAAGAGAUGAUUGAAACCUUAAAUAAUAUUAUUGCUGAAGGAGGAAAGAAAGGUGGUACUGGUGGUGACUCUGGAAAACGGAAAUCUACUAAAGCCAGACGGAAUACUGAAAAGAAAGAGAAACAGGAAGAGAAACCAUCUAUUGAAGAGCAAAAGACACCGCCUGGUAUAGCACAACAACUCAUCAACUUGAUUGAUUCUGUUGGCGAUUUAGUUCCAGUGCCAAUGUUGAGCAACACUAUUGUUGGCUCAGUCAUCUUUUUGAUUGGUUUUCUUUUUUCCAUUUUCAUUUUCAACAAAAUCGGAGGAAUAUUCAGCUUUGGUAGUUCACAAAAGGCAGUGUUUGAAAUUUUGCCUUCAAAUGCGUACACUUCAAGAAUCAAAAUCAACGACAAGGAUUUCUUGGUUGUUCCAAUGAUCAAUACAAAUUUUGCAAAUGAGAGGAAACAACGCCAACAAGAGAUCAAUAUUUGGAAUUGGCUAGAAUCUAGAAGCGAUGGUGAGUUUGGGAAGGAAUUUAAAGGUAAUACCGAUAAUAGUAGAUUAUCGAGUGCUGCCUUCUUUAGUGACAAUUUUGAUAACUUAUCAGAUAAAGAGUUGAGGGAGAAAUAUUCCGGUCAGGAAUUGAAGGAAUUGCUCAAGGUGACCAAAUUGGAAUUAGACAAGUUGCUGAAGAGGAUAAAUAGAAUGGGUCAGUAG